AUGGGCCACGGGGCCCAAGGCCCCCGAGCCCGAGCUAUAUUCCCGGGCGGGGGCGGGACUUCACGGCCCCACAGCCAAUGGACGCGGGAGGCGACGGGUGAUUGGCGGGCGGGCGGCGGCUGCGGCGGGCGGGGCGCGGCGCCCUUCCCGUGGUGCCGCGGGAGCGGCGGCCGCAGCGGCCGCGACUUCAUCCGGGUCCCGCAAGUACCGGGACGGUGGGGCCGGGCGGCAGCCGUGGGGCCGGGGGAGCGCGGGAGCGGCCGUGGGGUUGGGGAGCGCCGGGGGAAGGGUGGGGGCGGAGGGACUGAGCCGAAGGGCCCGUACGGGCGGGCGCGGGGCCUCGGCCCGGCCUCUCCGCCGCCUCUGCCGUGGGCCCGGUUCAUUGUCCUUAUUCCCCUCACCGAUGCCUUUUCCCCUCGUUCUUCCCCGCUCUCCUCCAGGCUCACUGGAAGGUCCGGAAGUGCCGCCCCCGGGAGCCGCCGGCGCCAGUGGUGGAAAACAUCAGUUCAUUUGCAAAUAGUGAAAGGCUCCCAGGACUUAGAGAGGCUAUUGUAUAAACUACCUGGACAAACAGUCGUUUUCCUUUCCAGCCCUGUUCUCAAGCUGUCCUUGCUACGAAGCUGCCCAGCACUGCCCCAAUUGCCUGCAUGCUGCAAGGAAAGGGAGGCACAGACAACACUGCAGCUCUUCCUCAGUUUGGAGCAAACCUCAUCAGACCAGUGGGAAAACCUACAGAGCUCAGAAGGCUUAUUGUUGACUGAGUGGGCAGCAGGAAGGUGUGGAUGUGGGAAAUGCACUGGGCACUUUUCCAGGGGCCCUGUGCCAGCCUGGACCACUCAGGGCAGAGGCUGCUGGCCCUUGCUGGGGCACUGGUGCCUUCCAGAAGGUUUGCUUUAAGGAGCUUGGCCAUGUCUGCUUAGCCCAGCCAUGAAGAGAAAGAUGCUAUUAGCACACUGAGGGAUACAGGAGUUAAUUAUUACCAUAUCACAGAAUCCCAGAAAUGUUUGGAUUGGAAAGAACCUUAAAGCUCAUCUUGUUCCACCCCUGCCCAUGGCAGGGACACCUGCCAUAAACCAGGCUGUUUGUUUAUUCAUUGUGAAGUGAAUUAGACCAUAUGAAAUUCUCCAAAGCAUUUAAAGUAUAUUUCUGAGGUGUGUGAUAAAGUUUUUACUCUUAAUAAAAUACCUGUUUUCUGUUGCACAUUUCAACCCUGGCAAAACCUGUGUUCCCACUGGAUUGCCAUGACUCUGACACUCCAUUGUGUUGCAGAAAUUCUGAAAUGGAGCCAAGAAAUUCCAAGAUUACCUUCUUAAAGAAAAAAUACCCACUAAACUGCUUGUCCUUCAAAUCCCACUCAGUGACCACAGUGUUGUAU